AUGCUUGUCUUCUGCCCUAACUGCAGCAAUGCGCUCACCAUUUCCAAAGCGGACUCGAAUACAAGGUUCCCCAUGGGCGUGAACCGCUUUGAGUGCCGUGUCUGCCCAUACGAAGCACCGCUGGAUCGGGAAUAUUUCGAGAAGAAGGAAAUGAAACAGAAGGAAGUGGAUGAUGUCUUCGGAGGCAAAGAGGAGUUUGCGAACGCCGAUAGUGUCGCAACUCAAUGCCCCGCCGAAAGCUGCAAUGGGGAACGUGCGUACUUCUUCCAGCUGCAGAUUCGCAGUGCAGAUGAGCCUAUGACUACAUUCUUGAAAUGUACUUCCUGUGGUGCUCGGUGGAGAGAGAAUUAG